AUGCAUGUGCGCCUCGCCGAUGAAGCUAUCACGCUGCAGAGGUUGUACUGCCUGGUUACGGUACAGCCACCUACCCACCCAGUCCCGAACAAGAUUCACACUGAAAUGCAUAGGUUUUUGAGCGAGAACACUCAUUUUGCCCGGCUUCUCUCCGAGAAUGGUAUUGUGUUCGCAGGGCCAAGCCCAGAGACUAUUAUGCAGUUUGGCUUGAAGCAUCGAGCUCGUGAACUAGCGAUCCUUGCCGAUGUCCCUGUCAUCCCAGGGUCUAGUAUUAUCACUUCUUUACAAGAGGCGGCAAUGGAGGCCACAAGACUGGGCUAUCCGAUCAUGGUCAAGGCAACUGCAGGAGGUGGUGGUAUGGGUCUUCGUGUUUGCCAUUCACCAGAUGAACUUGAGAAUGCCGUGCAGCUUGUCCAAAGCAGAGGAGAAGCAUUAUUCAAAGAUGCGGGGUUCUUCUUAGAGAAAUAUGUCCAACAUGGGAGUCCCUUUGUGCUUCAGCAUCCGGACCUGCGGCAUAAACUACAAGUCGCCUCUACAUCCCUCGCGCGUUUGGUGAAGUAUAAGUCGGCUGGAACUGUAGAAUUCUUGGUUGACGACAAGACGGGCAAUUUCUACUUCCUCGAGAUGAAUACGAGGCUACAGGUUGAACAUGGCGUCACCGAGUUAUGCUAUGGGGUUGACCUUGUAGCUUUGAUGCUGAAACAAGCCACUGCAGAAUUCCACGGUCGGCCCGGUCUGACACAAGCAGAGAUGGCGGUGGAAGCCCAGCCUAUUCCCCAACGCCACGCCAUGGAAGUUAGGGUCUACGCUGAGAACCCGGCCGAUAAUUACAAUCCUUUAAUAGCCAAAAUUAUGGUUUACGGCAACGAUAGGGCAGAUGCGCUGGAAGCUAUGAGGGAGACCCUAGAGUCAACAAUACUUCAGGGUCCUAUAUGCAAUCUCGACUUUUUGAUUGCUAUUAUCAAGUCAAAUGAUGUCGUAUCCGGCAACACUACCACUGGAAUACUUGACCACUUCAAUUACCAGUUCUGCGGCUUAGAGUUCAAGGAUGGUGGACUCUACACCACUGUACAGGACUUUCCCGGCCGGCCCCACCGGGAAAGCGGCGUUCCUGUUUCCGGCCCAAUGGAUGCUCUGUCAUUUCGAAUUGCCAACCUAAUCGCGGGAAACAGCGAAACAACGGAGGGCUUCGAGAUAUCCUGUACGGGGCCCUGGAUCAAGUUCCAUGAUUCCGCAGUUAUCGUGCUUAGUGGAGCUCCCUUCGAAUUCAGCAUCAACGGGAAGACAGCAUCGAUGUGGACUCGCCAUGUCCUCUCGGCGGGUUCUGAGAUCCGGAUCGGCGCGUGUUCAGGACGUGGUUGUAGAGCCUACUUGGCGAUUCUUGGCGGUCUUCCUAACGUAGGGAGCUAUCUAGGCUCAAAGAGUACCACACCGUCCUUAAAGUGGGAGGCUACCAGCUCUGAAUCUAACGCCUCAUUAAUCAAGUGGGGUAUUGAGCAGCCCAUGGCGGGAAACUCGGUACUAUACGAGCGCAUCGAGGAUCUGCCCCGAGCCCUUCCAAGCCAAGUCUUUGAUCUGAAUACCCGGGCUAGGGCCCAGAAGUUGGCUCUUGAGAUCACUAACCAAACUCCGCCUGGUUUUAUCAAGGUCUCGAGGGUACAUACGAUGAGCGUAUUCGUAUCAUUUGACUCCGCCAUUAUAAGCCAAGACAUAGCGAUUCGGACUCUCAUUGACCUUGAGAUGGACCUGGGAAACAUAGAGAAAAUGACCCUUCCUAGUCGGGUAUACCACUUACCCAUGAUCUUUGACGCCGACGAGUGCACACGAGCAACAGCACGAUACAUGGAAACCCAGCGCCCUUAUGCUCGCUAUUUGCCCGAUAAUAUAGAUUUCAUAAGGAGGAAUAAUGGCCUCAAGCACCGUGAUGAGGUCCUCAAAGCUGUGAAGGACGUCCCAUUCCUCGUUGUCGCGUCUUCGGGCAUCAUGGGUUUACCGAUCCUGAUUCAAGUCGAUCCCCGGCUGCGCCUUACAGCCCGGCGGAUACCUGUAAGGUCAUAG